AUGACCUCUCGCGCCCCUACCGAUAGCAAACAACACAAACGAUUUGCUGCAUUCAGAUUCAGCAAGAUUGCCUUCGUGUCCACUGUUGGUGCUGUUGGAGGUGCCUAUCUAACUUUCCGGGCACUCCAAUGGGCCAAGGGCAAACCAUUUGUAUCGGCAGAGGACGAAGAAUCGGCACUGGGCGAAGUAAAGUAUGGCCGGCAGUCAGUGGUAUCAAACGGGGACAUCGAGUGUAUGAAGGGUGGUGAGCCGGGAGAGAAGCAUCCGGCACGAGCGCCACAUAACGCCCUUACUUCUCCCUGGCCAUCGAACAGCUGA